UGAAGGCUGGGACAGUGGAGGAACUUGACGAUGGGCACACGCGCCCUGGGAACGGCCGUCAGGUGAUUGAACACCUGCCUAGCUGUCACCAAAUAUAACUGCUGUAAUGUAAUAUUUGCUGCAGUUCCCAAAAGAUAUUGCUUGACGAUAUUUAGUCUAAUUUUAAAUCACCAAGAACAUACGCCACUUGGCCUGCAUCACGACUUCUUUAUUGACUUUACUUAGCAGCUAUCCCAGAAUCAUCACGUCUUUGCUACCAAAGAAUAAACAAACAAAAAUUAAAGAUAUUACAUCACGUUAUCAGUAAUGAACUGUAACUAUUAAUGGUCAUGGCAACUUUAUGAAAUAUAAAAACUCCAUUUAUAUUUCAUCACUGUUGCCUUUACAAUCCCCACCAGUCCACCACUGUGCAGUAUUGUGCUGUUGUUUUGCGGGUUGUUGUCUAUGGGGCAAUGUUGUGGUAAUACGGUGUUUCGUAGCAAUCUGUGAGAAAGUCGCGGCGUUUGUUUUCCAGACAGGUUUAGAAGAAUGCAGCCGAUAUUAGGUGAUGGGGUUGUUACAGCACUGUCUUCGUUUAGCUCUGAGAACUCGUGGCUUAUGUUCUUCGUUGACGGUGGUGAUGGAGGCGGAAGAAAAAUUGCUGCAGUCCUAGAAUCUUGGUCAAGCACUUUGAGAGAGAAAAAUAUAGUAGUAAUGUCAACACAGUAUCACAGUGAAUUACACUUACAGUUUGAAGAUGUCUAUGGACCAACACCAAUGAAUACGGUGACAUUUGUUUCGAGAAGAGGCGCUGCUGUUAUUCGCUGGAAAGGCCAUGGGAAUAUUGAAGAGGUUGUUGAGGAAAUAUUAGGAAUCAACAGUAUUCCAGAUGCAGAACUUCGUGAGUUUGGUUACCCUUCAGAAGAGUUCGCGAGAUACCUCGUGCUAGGUAAUUCAGACAGUGAAGAGGUACCAGUGGCAAAUGGGUCUGCAAGUCCACUUGAGAGCUUGGAGAAAGAAAUACAGCCCAGCACGGAUAAAGAAAUGCAGGCCAGUGUGGAGAAGGAAAUGCAGGCCAGUGGAUUGUCUGGAAAGAAAAAUAUCCCAGGACAGCCCAAGGAGUUGACAGUACUUCAGAUCCGCUGCCCAGAUGGUUCCUCAGUGACUAAAACUUUUAAAACUUCCAGUUUGUUAUCAGAAGUGAGAGAAGUCAUAGCAGCACAUUUUUCAUCUGAAGGAUUUGGCUUAGCAACAUCAUUUCCACGCCAUCAUUAUGUCAGUGAAGACUAUAGUCGAAAUCUUGGUGAACUGAAUCUUUGGCCUAAUGCAGUCUUGUUGAUAGUACCUGCAGAUCCACGACAGGAGAGUAACAUGUCACUGCGGAGUUAUACAGCAAACUUCAGUAGCUGGGCUUACUCACUGAUAAUGUAUAUGUGGAACAGACUCAGCAGAUUUUUUCCAUUUACUGCAGGUGGUAAUUCACAACCUGAAACAAAUACCAAUGACAGAUUAGCAAAUGCACAACCUGGACCCUCAGGAUCACGGCACCGUAGCAAUAUACACACUUUGCGGGACAAAGAAAAAGAUGAUGAUAAAAGGAGAACUACAUACAAUGGAAAUUCCACACAACAGCUAUAAAGAAAUAUUGCCAUUACAAUAAAUGGCUUUGCACUAUUUAUUGAUGUGUUGUAUGUGACACGACUGAAUGAAGCAAAGUUUAAGCAGUUUCAGUUUGAAUCUUGAGAUAUGUAAAUGUGGAUUGAGAGUAUCUUUCUGCCAUUUCAAAUCUAUUUGAAAAAUAGUCCUAACACAGGACUGUUGUUUGAAGAGUUAAGACUUGAUAUCUUUCGGAGAACACCAAUAAGUCAUUUAAAAAUGGCUCCCAUUUGUACUGGCUGUGGUGUAAUGUUACUUUAUUAAAGUUUUAUUGAACUUUUAAUACAUCAAUGUAUUGUCUUUGAGCUGGUUAAGCAUCUAUUGAAGUUUUUACUGUUAACAUUUAGCAUUCAUGGAUUUAAGAAUGAUUGUAUGUUUUACUUGUGAAAACGAAAUAUUCAUGAUCAGGGUUUUUUUUAAUAUAUAUAUACACACACAGUGCACUUAUUGUUUGCUUUUUUAAAAGAGUGAAUGUCAAAUGUUCAUAAUUAUGUAUUAUAUUAAAAUUUGUUUAGUGCUGAAUGGUGUUAAAAAAUUAUAAAAUGGCUGCAGUCUACAGGCCUCAUUUGAAGAAUAAAUGUUUAUGUGUGUUAUAUUAUUUUGAUUUGUUGAAUAAAUAAUGUCUUUAAUAUCUUGCCAUUUA